GGUUGGAUGGGUUUGGUCUGUGGACCUCAAGAUCAGAAGUGGUCUCAGCUUAUUGCUCCUUUCCAUUCGGGCAAUAACUAAUACUAAGCCCAAUACACUACCAACUAAUCCUUCUUUAUUUAUGAAUUUCGAAUCACAUUGCCUAAUGCCUCAACCCUUUCUUUAUUAGAAGAAGAAGAAGAAGAAGAAGAAGAAGAAGAAAUGGGAAUGGCAAGUAGGAGUAUAGGAUUGAAGGAAAUAGGAGAAGCAUUAAAGAAAGCAAAAUCAGGAUGGUACUCCCUUCACAUGGCAGCCGCGUCUCAUGCCAUCGCUCAAAGAAUCCCAUUAGUUGAUUUCAUUCUUGAAGUCAGAGAUGCCCGGAUUCCUUUGUCAUCCCACUGUCAGCUUUUGAGCAACUUCCCGCCUUCCUCUCUUCGCCGUAUUAUAGUAAUGAACAAGACCGACCUUGCUAAUCGCUCCCAACUCAAGGAGUGGACUAAGUAUUUUGAACAACAAAACUGCAUUUCUUAUGGAGUCAAUUCCCAUAACAAGGAAAACGUCAAAAAGUUCCUCAAUUUCUUACAAGCCCAAGUUAGAGAAUUGAAAAGAAUAGAUCAUUCCGGUCAUACCACUACAAUGAUGAUAAUUGGGAUACCUAAUGUUGGUAAGUCGGCUCUUGCCAACUCUUUGCAUCAGCUUGGGAGGAUUAGUGCUGCAGAGAAAGGAAAGUUGAAACAUACAAUUGUGAGUCCUCAUCCCGGAGAAACAAAAAACAUUAGCAGUUUGAAGAUUGGUAGCCAUCCCAAUAUUUAUGUAUUGGAUACCCCAGGAAUUUUACCUCCCCAGAUUCAUGACUCUGAAGUCUGCACCAAGCUAGCUUUAACAGGAGCAAUUGAAAACUUGGUUGGGGAAAAAGAACUUGCUCGAUAUUUUCUUGCUAUUCUCAACAUAAGUGAUGGAUAUAAGAAAUGGGAAAGGUUAUCCACACAUGGAAAUGACAAAUCAUUUACAGGGCAGGAAGUAGAAGGCUCAAGUGACUCAAAGUUAAACAUGAAACGAAAAAGGCAAUAUCCCUCCGAUCACACUCAGGAUUUCAUGGUGAAUAGGGUACGUCGGACUCUGCUUGAAUCUAUAUCUUGUUUAGAUGGAAAUGUACAAAAUGAGAAGGAUUUGGAGGAGCUAAUUGAAGUGCAAUUCACAGCGUUGAGAGAAGCUUUCCUGGUUUCUUUGGAACCAGGCAACGAUUCUCAAACCAAGAUUUCAGCUAAGUUGCUCAAUCUUUAUCGUACUGGGAGGCUUGGACACUACACUUUAGAUCCUCUCCCUUUGUAAAGUAAAUUGCCCAAGCCUGUAUACAGCAACAAGAAACUGUAAAAUCAGUUUGGUUGGCUACUCUUUGUUGUGUUCAGAUCCAUUGUUUAUGUUCAUUCAAUCCUCUCUCAUUUGUAUUUUUUAAAGAUGGGGGAUCUUGUAUCUUGGAAAACUCAUGGACAUGUGGCAGAAGGUUUGAAUGAACGUAAAAAUUUUGGGUCGUCA